GUCACGGCCCAAGCCGCUCACACCUGAAGUCAGGAGACAGGCAGGUAAAUCACAGGAGAGAAUGCAGUCCGUAUGCACCUGAAGGAGGCACGUGGACGGCGUGAGAGGCCCAGGGUGGGAGCCGCAGCUCUGGGGCCCGAGUGGACAGAACAGGCUCUGUUCCUCGGCCAGGGCCACGGCAGGCCAGGUGGAUGCGGGCACCGCAGUCAGGCGUGGGGACCCGGGUCUUGGGCCCUGCUCUGCCGUUUCCUUGUUGUCACUACCCCCUCUGGGCCUCAGUUUCCCAUGAUCUCUGGGGACCUUCCAGUUCCCCACCCUGAAUUCUCCGAGUUUGAGGAGGUGCGAGCAAGGGCCAAGAGUUGUUCAGAGCUCCUCACCGUAGGUUCAGGUCAAGAUGGGGGCUCAGCUGGGGGAGGGAGGACCGUGGGGACAGCGUGCCUCUGUGGCAGGGUGAACUUGAUGUCUGUAGGUAAAAGGAGAGGUUGGGAGGGCUUUGAGAAGGGGAGUGAUGUGGCCACAGCUGUCCUGGGGGCUGUCUGAGCAGGCCCUCGCUGGGAAGGAGAGCUGCCUCGAGUCUGUUAGUAAAUAACCAUGUGGCUCUUGCUUCUGACCUCUCAGGGCCAUCAGCCAACUUUCCUUAGAGUCACAGUCACCAAGGAAUAACUCCUGGUCCCAGCCCAGAGGACCUUAUGCUAUGUGCCCCUAACCCAGGGUGGGUAGUUUCUAAGCCCUCGUGUUCUGUAGGCUGGCUGACCAGGGUCUUUUAUCUGCAGGGUGGGGUUUGGAGAAGAAGUGCUACAUCUUGGGCCAAAGAUCCCUUUCCUCCCUUCCUUAGAUGGUGGUCACCUGUCUGCCUCUCCCUUUCUCCCCAGGGUGGAUCACAGGUCCCAGAGGGAGGCAGAGUCCGUACCGUUACACAGAUGGGGAAACCGAGGCUCAGAGAGAAAACUGUGAAGGUCACACAGAUGAAUGCUGGGCACUAGAAUCUGGUUCUUCUGGGUCCAAGUCAGGUGUUAGCAAUCUUGUUCUGACUUGCUCUCCUGUCCCACUGCUGGUCUGUAAGCCUUGUGAGGACGGGGGCCUUGUCCCGCCACCCCCACCCAACAUACACCUCCCAUGGCCUCGCACGGUGCCCUGCACUCGGUAGAGAUUUAGUGAAUGCUUCUGGUACGUGUUGACGUCCUGAGACACUGGAGCUGCACAGUCUGGGCUAAACCUCUCUCUCACCGCGAAGCCGGAGGAGCUGAGGCUCAAAGAGGAGAGGGGACUCGUCCACAGGUGUGAGCAGGCCAGGCUGGGGCUCCUGACUGUCCCCCAGGGUCAGUCUUGUCACCAUGUACAGUCGUCCUGUUGCCUCCCGUUCACCCCCAGAGAGUGGUGAAGGGGAUGGGGGAGGGCCCCUGGGGGACUCCUGCCCCACAGCGGGGGAGAGGCACAAGCACUCAUCAAUCGCACGUCUGCCAAGUCCUGGCGCUGUGGUCUCUGGUCCUCACAACGACCCCUUGAGGAAGGUGGUGUUGUCUUCAUUUUAGGUGAGGAAACGGCUGAGAGAGAGGAAGUCACUUCCCGAAGUUGCCAGGAUCAUAGCUCUUUCAGAGCCGAACUGAUCAGAGGGAAUGGAUCCCAGAAUGACAUCUGGAGGGCUACCCCUGACCGGUGGCAGAGGCCUCCUAGAGCACCAUGUCAGGAAAAGCUCUGGGGCGCUGUGCAGUUUCCCCAGGAAGGGGCGCUGUGAUUGAGCAAAGACCUCCACAGCGGAUAUGGCUAUAGGUCUGAUCAAAAGGCGUUCUUUCCAUCAUGUGGCCUCCACCCCCCGGGGCCUCAUUUCUCCACGGGAAGAUUCAGCUUCCCAGUCUCAUCUUCACACCCACCAUCUUCUCUAAGGCCGAUGGGGCCAGCAUCACCAUCCCAGAUUCAUAGUCUAGGGAACUGGUCCGGAGAGGUAAAGUGACUCGCCUGGUUCACACUGCCAGUUAGCACCCAAGGUUUCUGGUGGUUUCCAUCAAGGGGAACUCAACAUUACUCAUCCCUUCUCAGAUCCAGCAGCCCUGUGGAGAAACAGUGUACCUUCUGGGAAAGAACUGCUCCCCCAGGGGAUGCCCAUAAGAGCUUUGACAUGUUCCAUAUGUGUAAGCUAAAGGAAGGAGGAAGAGAGAUGGGUCAGGCCUGCCUGCUGGCCUCCACCCACCUGCUCCCUGUCUGUGGGGGAAGGCAGGGUAACCCACACUGCAGUCUUCCCAUGUACUAGGCAGCCUGCCAGGGGCCUCACUGCCACCAUUCUAUUUCGUUUCCACUACAGUCCUGUGAGCUGGCUAUUCACAUCUCCAUUUUCCAGAUGGGGAGACUAAGGCUCAGAGAUUGUGGCUAGCCAAGAUCGGAGAAAGCAGAGAUGGCCAUGGUCUUUUAGGAAGCUCUGUCCUUCCCCCCGUACAUGUGGCCGUGCAUAUAGCUCUCUGAACCUUCCACAUCUCAGUUCCCUCUUCAUGAAGUGGCCACGGAAUAGCACCUUGACUUUCUGCCAUUGUGAGGGUUAAGUGGGACCACGCCGGGAGGCGGGUAGUGCAGCGCCCAGCACCCAGCACUUGCUCAGCAGAGACGGAUGGAGCACCGGAGGCUGUCAGAGCUGGAGAGGGCAGCCAAAGACCCAUCCAGUCCAGGAGGGUUCCAGCAGGGUGCCCCCACCAUGCCGUGGCCCCUGCUGCUGCCCCCGCUGCUGUUGCUGCUGGCUGCGAGCGGGGCCCAGACGACCCGGCCAUGCUUCCCCGGAUGCCAGUGCGAGGUGGAGACCUUUGGCCUCUUCGACAGCUUCAGCCUGACCCGCGUGGAUUGCAGUGGCCUGGGCCCCCACAUUGUGCCCGUGCCCAUCCCUCUGGACACGGCCCACUUGGACCUGUCCUCCAACCGGCUAGAGACCGUGAACGAGUCGGUGCUGGCCGGGCCGGGCUACACCACGCUGGCUGGUCUGGAUCUCAGCCACAACCUGCUCACCAGCAUCCCGCCCACCGCCUUCUCCCGCCUUCGCUACCUGGAGUCGCUUGACAUCAGCCACAAUGGCUUGGCGGCUCUGCCGGCGGAAAGCUUCACCAGCUCACCCCUGAGCGACGUGAAUCUCAGCCACAACCGGCUCCGGGAGGUCUCGGUGUCCGCCUUCUCCACCCACAGUCAGGCCCCAGCGCUGCACGUGGACCUCUCCCACAACCUGCUCCACCGCCUGGUGCCCCAGCCUGCGGGGACCGGCCUGCCCGCGCCCGCCAUCCAGAGCCUGAACCUGGCCUGGAACCGGCUGCGCGCCGUACCCGACCUCCGGGACCUGCCCCUGCGUUACCUGAGCCUGGAUGGGAACCCGCUGGCCGCCGUUGGCCCGGGCGCCUUCAGGGGGCUGGCGGGCCUCACGCACCUGUCACUGGGCAGCCUGCAAGGUCUCCCCCAGCUGGCGCCCUACGGCUUCCGCGAGCUGCAGAGCUUACAGGUCUUGGACCUGUCGGGCAACCCCAAGCUCAAGUGGGCAGGAGCCGAGGUGUUCUCAGGCCUGGGCGCCCUGCAGGAGCUGGACCUGUCGGGCACGGGCCUGCUGCCUCUGCCCGACACGCUGCCCCUCCAGCUGCCGGCGCUGCAGAGCGUCCGCGCGGGCCAGGGGCUGUGGUGCCGGCGGCUGGUGCGGGGGGGCGCCUACCCUCGGCAGCCUGGCUCCAGCCCCAAGGUGGCCCUGCACUGCGUGGACACCCGGGACUCGGCUGCUAAGGGCCCCGACACUUUGUGACAAAUGGCGUAGCCUGGGACCACAGAACGGACUGCUGCCCUGGGCUCCCUUGGGGCCUGGGUAACUUAUAUUUUCACGUGCCAAUGCCAGGGGGCACCCUGCGGGCGUCUGUGGCAGCAUCCUCGGAAGAGAGCUGAGGACCUGGGGAGAGGCUUUGGAGCAGGAACAAAGUCUUGCCCCUUUGUGUCGUCCCCCAAACCAUAAGUAGAAGGUCUUCGAUGCCAAACCAGACAGCAGUCCCCUGCUGUCCUUCCCCACUUGUCCCCGAAGUGCCUUCCCUCAGGCCUGGGCCAGCCUGACCCGUGACAGGAGGAGGGUGGAAGGGAGCCACUGCUGCCGGGCGGAGGUCAGGCCACAGAUGAGCAUCCCCCUGGGCCCGCGGUCCAGUCACUCAGGGGCACGGGCUGCCUUUCCGAGGUAGCCCCCUCUUUGCUCUGGGCACAUGAGGCCCACCUCAUCCUUUUCUUUUCCUCUGGAACCCUGGGUAGGACCUUAAUCAUGGAAGGAGCUGGAGAAAAAGUCAAGUGCACCCCCUCAUGAGACAGACGGGGCAACUGAGGUCUAGAGAAGGAAAAUGGCUACUCUGAGGCACCACGGCGGAGGCGUAACCAGCCCAGCACCCUGCCUCCCAGUGAGGCCCUUUGCACUUUUCUGUCAUCUCUAAAUCAUGCUCUUUGUCCCCUUCCUGGGCUCCCCCAUCCUGCCAUUUGUGCACUUUCCCUGUCAUUCCCAGGACAAGCAAGGGCCUCGGAGGUGAGACUCUGGGCCCCGGAACCAGCUGUGUGGCCCAGGUUAAGUCAGUUCACCGCCAAGCCUCUGAAGCUUAUCCCAGCCCUACCAGUUUCCCACUCUGGCAUGGGGUCCCCCAGCAUCAAGACUGGAAAUUCAUCCAUUGACCCCUGAGGUGUACUGCAAGGAGUUGAGGUAGGCCUGGAAACCCCAAGGGGCCUCCUGGAUGCCGCCCCCACUGGCCCUGAGCCCCACAGCCUGUCUCCCCCAUCCGUCAGGAGGCAGGUACCCCCAUCAGAGUUUAUGCUGCACCCCAGACGGCAUCUCAGCUUCCCAGCCCUGGGCACUUUCCUUAGUCUUUGUUUUAUAAAAGUUGUUGCUUUUGUAACGGACUGUCACUUCAACCACCCCACCCCCCACCCCUGCCGGCAGGGGAUGGAAACCUGUCAUUUGUAAAAGAAGAAAAACAUUGCAUUUGUUCACUUUUGUAAUACUGUGUCCUGGGGAUGCGCUGAGGGGGGAGGUGUUGGGUGGAAGCCUAGGUGUUUGUGGCCCAUUUGGCCUCAGGGGGCUGGUCCCACAGAGAUGCCCACAGGACAAUGAGAACUCUGUCCUCCCCCACCAGCCCCACCCUACACCUAACUGGUCCUUGAUUGAAUAAACACUAUAAAGAGUCCCUCUUUCCAUCCUUCCACCGGCAUUCACUCCACGGCCUAGCCCUGGGCAGCCUGUUCUCCCAGAAAAGCCCAGGAGGCUCACGGGAUCUGGACGGUGAGCUGACAUGAGGGAGGCAGUUACUCAGGAGUGGCUGCUCCUUUCGCUGUAGCUGGUACCCUGUCUGGCCUUCUCUCCCCUGUCCCUGCUGCCCCAGCUCUGGGAACACAUCAGGCCCUGGCACAGCUGUGCCUUUGCUCAGGCUGUUCCUCCGUUGCCUUGCCCUUCUGCCACCUCUGCCGCUCCACUCUUCCCCAUUCUAAUAGACCUGCUUCCUCCCUCACUUUCUCAGAAGGUUUCCCUAGGGUCCCCCCUCCCCUCCCUCCUGAGCUCCAGCAGUACCUGGUUCCUGCUUGGCAUUUUGGCUGCUGCCUACCCUAACUCCCGUUUGCAUACUUCCAGUCCCGGGAACUGGUUUCCAGCUCAUCUGAAUGCCUGUGCUGUCUCCAAGUUGUCGUCCUAACUGGCAAAGGUCCGCGGGAACAUCCAUCACCAUCAUCACCAACAAUGACAAGGUUUUUUCUGCUAUCUGCUCUGUGCCGGGGGACUCAUGUUCUCGGAGUGUGAGUGGGAAGGACACACAGAAGAUACUUGGCCGUAAGAGCUGCACAGGGAGCUGUGAGAGCCCUGUGGUGGGGCUAGGAAAGCUUCCUGGAGGAGGUGGGUCCACAGAGCUGAAGACAAGGGGACCUGGACAGAGGGGGAUGACACCUAGGAGGAGGGGGGUCAUGGGUGAACAAUGGCACAGAACCUAGAACAUUCAGGCUACAGGUGUGGCUGGGAAGCUUGCCCAUCAUGUCACUUACCACCCCUCCCUUGGACUUCAUGAGCAGGCGGCAAGCACCCAUCAGUCAACAUGGAAGUAGGUAUCAGGGUGAGACCCCAGCACUCGCAGUCCUCAGACUGGUUCUCCAUCCCUCCCUCAUCCCCUGGGACAAGAGAGCCUUCAAAUGCAGGGGCAGGGGACGGGUCCUAGAGACUUUAACCCGGUGAGGCUGGGCCCUCCCAAAGUCCUCC